CCACUUGUUAGCAACCCAGGCCCAGCUCCCAAUCCAUCGGCAUAUGCUCGGACGUUUCCGGUGCGCAUCGGACACUCCACUAUAAGCAGAAAGCCCACAACAUCCCAAAAGACGGCCUGAAGGGAGUGUGGCACUCUCCCUUAUAAGGAGCUCCUAGCCUCCUCCCAUAUCCGAGGUGGGACUAAAGUCACUGGCGUUGCCCAAGGUCAGGUUCCUGACAGUGUGAGAGGCAGUGGUCCUAUGCAUUCAGUCCUUCAAAGUUGCAACCACGUACAAAUAGGAACAUCCCACCAAGGGAGUUCAUGGUCUUGUCCCCUGACGAUUUGCUAUCUGUGAUAGUUGUGGAAACGAAGAUGCAGAUUUCCCACCAGACCUGCCCACUAUAAAUAUAGGAUCAUGGAACAAACCAUCAACACACACACACAGACCGACUUUUUUCUCUGAUUAUUCCAUCUCAGAGUCACAGCCCAUCUCCUUGAAACAAAACAAGCAACCAUGAUCAGCUCCAGGAAGCUAGCUCAACUUUCCAAGAAGUGGCAGGGCAUUGGCGCCAUUGGGCGAAGAAGGUUCGCAACAUCAGACAAGGAUAUCCACCCGUCAUGCAGCUCAGUUGCAGGCAAGGGCCACUUCGUUGUCUACUCUUCCGACGGGAGGCGGUUCGAGAUCCCCCUGGUGUGCCUCCGCACAACGGUCUUCGAGGAGCUCCUGAGGAUGUCUCAGGAGGAGUUUGGGUUCACAAGCGAUGGGGGGAUCACGCUGCCUUGUGAUACAACAAUGGUGGAGUAUGUGAUGUGUUUGCUAAGGAGAGAGGCCUCCCAAGAUGUUGAGAGGGCACUCCUCAGCUCCAUAGUGACGACUUGCCACCGCCCAAGCAGAGUGAUGCAACCACCCAGCGGACUUAACCAGCAAUUCAUUGUGCACAGCUCCUGAAAAACGAAGAUCUGGCAGCUUCUUUCUUUUUUCACCUUCCAUCUUUUUUUUCCCGGACGUACUUUUGGAGCACACUUCUGUGCAGAUUUUUUCCAAUUGUCCCGUGGAUGUACAGAUGGAUGCAUGUAAGAAUAAUCACAUUGUGAUUUCGAAUACAAGGAUCAAGCUUACCA